AAUUCGUGCCUGGAGGCAAUACAAACUGUGAAAUACUCAGAUAAUACAGCUAAUGCGAAAAUGGAAGCGCGAGCGCAAGCCAUUUUAAUUGCCGCAGUGGCAGACAGCCACUUAGAAUACAUACGACAAGAGACAGCAUACGCUAUGUUUAAAAAUUUAGAAGACAAUUUCAAAGACAAAGGAGUAAGAAGCAAAUUAUUUUUAAGAAGGCAGUUAAGCGACAUGAAAUAUAUAGAUACGAAAUCGUUAAAAGAACAUCUUACAAAAAUACAAGAAAUAUGUACUCAACUAGAAGAAGCCGGAUCAGAAUUAAAAGAAGAAGAAAAAAUAAACUAUGUACUUUUAUCAAUGCCCAAAUCUUAUGAAUCAAUAGUUACAGCUUUAGAAACCAUCGGCGAUUUGAAAUUGAAUACAGUGAAGGAUAGAUUAUUAGCGGAGGAGGAGAAACAGAAAAAAUUUAAUGAAUAUCAGACAAGUCAAGGACAGUUAAAUGCUUUUAAUUGCUUCACUUGUGGUAAGCCGGGCCAUAAAAAGUUUCAGUGUAGACAAAGUCAUGGAUAUGGAUUAAAUCAAGGACAUGGACGUGGCGGAUGGAAUCAAGGAUAUGGAUUUAAUCAAGGGCAUGGACGAGGUGGAUGGAAUCAAGGAUAUGGAGUUAAUCAAGGACAUGGACGAGGCGGAUGGAACCAGGGAAGAGGCUUUAAUCAAGGACGUGGACAGAGUGGAUCAUACAGAGGAACCGGAUUUAACCAAGGACGUGGUUGUGGUAGCCAAGGAAGAAAUAGAGGAUCGAGGCAAGGACGGAGUACCAACUAUGUCGAGGAUAAUGAUGAAACGACAGCAUUCUUCUGCGGAAAUAUGUAAGGAAAAAUUUAUUAUCAGUGUCUAAAAUGGAAAGUGUCGGGUUGAGGAUUGAAUUUGCUAAUGGAAAGGUACGAGUAUAUAAACAUAAUUAUUUAAUCAUGAUUGGAAAUAAAGAGGGAACACUAUAUACAGUUGAAUGCAAAAUUAAUGUAAAUUCGUGUCAGUUAGCAAACACAGUAGAUACAAAUUUAUGGCACAGACGUUAUUGUCACUUGGGUUCACAAAAUUUAGAUGUACUUGUACGUAAAAAUCUGGUAGAUGGUUUAUCUGAAAUAAAAAAUAAAUUUGUAAAUGACAGUUUAUGUGAAGCAUGUAUUUUAGGGAAAAGUCGUAGACAGCCGUUUAAUAAAUUAGGGACUAGAGCUAAGAAACCUUUAGAAUUGGUACAUUCUGAUGUCUGCGGACCGAUUACACCUGUGACUUGGGACGGUUACAAAUAUUUUGUAACAUUCAUAGAUGAUUAUACUCACUUUACUAUGGUUUUCUUAAUAAGGAAUAAAUCAGAGGUUUUCAAAAAGUUUGAAACUUAUUAUAAUACAGUAACAAAACAUUUUAAUGCAAAUUUGUUAAAGCUGAGAAUCGAUAAUGGCCGUGAAUAUCUUUCGGAUGAAUUUAGGGAUUUUUGU